AUGCUAGUCAUGAUUGUUCAAAACUUGCAAGAGCACAAAGACAUCAUUGAGAAGCUAUGUAACCCUGGUAUGAAUGGUUAUUAUGGAAUGGAUGGAUAUAACGAUUUUUACUAUUAGCCAGAAGACCUGGCUAUUGAUGAAAAUGGUAUUACUGCAAUUUAAGCAUCUUAAAGUGAUAGAGAAGGUCAUAAUCUUCUUGAGAAAGUAGAUGAAUUUUACGAUAAUCUGCCUUCUAGAGAAAAUAAUGAAGGUCGUAGAUAAUCAUUUAGAGAUGAUUUAUUAGGUGAUAUAAACUCAAGGGGCCCAAUGAAAGUGCUAGAAGAUCUAUCUAGCAGAGAAAUAGUUUAACAUUUAGAUGGACAUUAAAACCCGAAUGGGAUAUUAGAGCCAGGUCAUAGUCACUAAGAAAACAGGGCUCAUAGAACGAAUGAAAACGGCUAAAUUAUAUUUAAGCCUAACCUCGGAAAUUAGAGGAGAUUAUAACCUCCAAAUGUACUUUAAAUGAGACCAAGAGUUCCACAUAUCAAUUUUAAUUAGCAUCCUGGUUUGAAAGCCAAUGAUGUUACUCUUAAUCUAAAUACCCCUCAGGACGGAGUAACUAAUUCAAAAUAAAACCCUUCAUAAAUAGCUAAUUAAUAAGAUCUGAUGAGAAAAAUUGAGUUUAUGGAUAAUAGGCUGCAACAGCAUGAAUCUUUGAUUUAAUAACUGAGAAAUUAAGUUAAAGCUGAUCCUAUUAAAGAAAAGUAACUGGAAGAUGAUUAAGAAAUGUUAAAUAAUGUGUUGGAUUCACCUUAGAAGUCGAAUUCUGGAGCAUCUGAGAGGAAAACUAAUGAGGGAGAUGAUAAAGAUUAAACUUAGGAGUAACAUCAUCCCAAUUAACAAUUGCCAUUAAUGAAAGGAUCAGAUGACUAGUAAAGCACAAUAUAAAUGCUCUAAAACUUAUUAAUGAGAACUCGAAAAGAUAUUUAAGAUAAAUUUGAUACUCAACUGAGAAAUUAAGAGCAAAGAGUUAUGUCAUAAGUUGAGGCGUUACAAAAUUGGCUUUAGCAAAGUCAUAUGAUGGGUGAUGAAGGGUAUGAAGAAGAAGGAAAUAAUACUAAACUAUAAAAUCAAAAUUCAGGUUUUGAUAACUCCUAGGAGAAUGUGGUAUAAUCCCUAAAUACUUCUCAAGCUCAAAUUGAUCCAAAUAUUUCCUAUAAUGACUAAAAGGUAACAAUCUUAAAUCAGAGUACUUAAAACGCCACUAAAAAUACUACAAGUGGUACGAUUCUACCUGGAUAGACGAACCUUCAAGUUCCAAGAGGAUAGAAUGUAGCUUAAACAUCUUAAUUUAGAUUGAGGGUGCCACCAAAGUAACUUAAUGACAUUAAGGAUCUCUAGAAAAAAGCUGAAAAAUUUGAUGCAUAAAUUUAUGAACUUUUUGAGAGGCAUAACAUUAAUGAUAAAAUUGUUGGUCGCAUCAAUGAUUACUAUGAAACCAAUCUUAAAGUAGUAUCUGUUAGAGGACUAGGAGAACAGAUCAAGGAAUUCGAAAAGCAACUAGAAAAUAAAGCGAAUAUACUUGACGUCAAGAAAUUAGUCUCAUCAAUUCGUAUAUUUUAUCUAUUUUUAUCAGUUUUAGAUGAGUGCAACGAUAAAUUCAAUUGGCUCGAAGAAAGAUACAAAGAAGAGCGCAAGGAUUAGGAAAUGAUUAAUCAAAAUAAUCAACUAGCAAUGAAAAAUAUGUCUUAAAGAGCUGGAAAUUUCUAUGAAAAAGUUCAUUAAAUUGAUAGGGAAUUAGCAGAAGUUUAAUUAGCUAUGAAGAAGUCUGACUCAAAUAAUUGGAUGAAUGGAAUAGGAGGACCUAGCGGAAUUUCAUCGUAAUCUGACUAAAUUGAGGAGCUAUAAAAUGCAAUGAAUAGAAAGUUUUCAGAAUAUGCAGCGAAAUUUAAGACUUUCGAAGAAGAAUUACAAACCUAAAUUUAUAGUGUCAAGGAUAUAUUGAAACAGAAGUUAUCCUAAUCUCAACUUCUAGAGUCAGAAGAAAGAACCCAAGGAUUGAUGGAUAAGAUAAUCGCAAAUAUUAAUAAGCGAUUUAUGGAUAGGAAAGAAACUAAAAAGACUUUGAAAUAGUUUGAAUAGUAACUUGAGCAUCUAUUAGAACUUGUUGUUCAUAAAGUAGAUGAAUUUGAAGUAAAUGAGGCAAUGUUAGCUAAAAAACCCCUUGGAGGUUGGUCAUGUGCUUCUUGCUAAAAGAAUAUUUAGAAUUUAAGUGGCCACUUAGCUGAUUACUAAGUAACUCAUAAACUACCAGGUAGAGAAUCAGGAGAGCAUCUUAGAGCUAGUCACAAGCUUCCCUAAGGGUUAUAGAAAUUAGUUUAAAACUAUGGCAUAUCUAAUAAGACAUCCAUUAAUAAUCCGUUCUAGAAUAACAUCAACAUCGAUAUUAAAGAUAAUGCUGCUGAAAACUAAAGCUUCAAAGGAAAGAAUAGAUACAAAGGCAUGCUGAUCAAUUUAAUGACUAGCCCUAACGGUAGCUUGUCUCCAGAAAGAAUAGAUUUAGUUAAUAAAGAUGAAAAAUUGUUAAAAUCUGAAUUAUCCUCAAUUCAUUAGCACUAAAGCCAGCCAGUUAACUAUUUACUCAAGCCAAAACUGAAAACCGUCAAGCAUCACAUGCAACACUCUUUAUCUUAGAAAAGAUUUGGAGAUACUCUUGAAAUUUACAAAGAUCUCUAAAUUGAUAAUGUAAGCAAGCAGUCAUAGUUAAGAGAUCAACAGCAUUUAGGAUAAAUUUAUUCUCCAAGCUCAUUACCAGCCUUAAAUAACAAAAACUUAUGA